GCAUGGAUUGUGUGGCUGACUAACGCCACGAAAGGUGAGGUCAUUCAACCAUUCGGCCGCGUUGAAAUGCCCGUUCGUGAUAGGCUCACGCACUCACCCCCCAUCUCGCUCGCGGGCGAGCCUCGUUGAGUGACACUGCGCGCUCACCUUCCAUCUAAUGAAUGACAUUCCAUCGCAAGAGCAACGGUAAAACAAGUUCCAUUGUCGUCGGGGCAGAAGCUAUCGCGACAUGGCCUCGCCCUCGCUCGUCGAUGAGCUGCCAACCGAGAUACUGGCCGCUGCGCUAUCAUGGCUCUCAUCCCGGCAGCUGGUGCUCGCUGCAUCCACCAGUCGGCGCUUCCACUCCGUGGCUGCGCGUGUCCUGUACCGCCGCCUGAUAGACGUGGCCUCUAUGCCGGAGCAUAAGCUGAUCCUCGAGUGCUACCACCCCAGCGCAAAGAUAUCCACGCCAUAUCUCGCGUGUCGCUACCUCGGGACCAAGGUUGCCGGGGCGGACGCCAUAGACGAUGCCUCACCGAGGCUUCAAGAUCUGCCUAGGAUGUACUCGUCCUUCCGACCCGUGCUGACCGAGGAGAAUCGCCACCGCAGGCUUCGGCCAGAUUGGCCGCAGCAGUCGCUGGCCAUGCCAGGCGGCCAACGAGACGGCGAGGAUGACUGUGCGACGCAAGAGGUCUAUCUUGAUGAAGGAGAGCUGUUCUCGCAGCUGUGCACCGUUACCAACGUCGUCAAGGAGACCGCGCGCCCGGGGUUCUACGUCAGCCACGUCAACACCUGCGACGGUGUGAUUCGCAUCUGGAGAGGUUGGCUGGAUCAGUUGGCCGCUUCCAGCACCUACCGGCCGACAGACGACGACUCACAGCGCUUUGCGGCAUCGUCUUCCGGUGCGUCCGGCAUAGACACAGAUCAAUUCCUCUGGGUCGAUCCGGCAAAGAGCGUUGGGCUGCGCUUCAGCAACAAGGUUAAGCCAUCGGAGAGAAUGCCACUCAUCUCCGGCCCGGACGACGAUGAGGCAGUCUCAUACUCACUCGUUUACGAAGAGCUCGUGGUACGCACCACCAUGCUACUGUUUGCUGUCGAGGCCUCGGCGGUACAAGAAGUAUCCCGAUCAAGCAAAGCAGUCGUCAUUGCCCAGUACGCCCCCCCGGCACAGUGAUGCCAACAAGCUAAGUAAUACAUUGGCCAAGGAUUGCGCCUUCGCGCACAGACUCUGCGAUUGCGAGAUUGUAACACGACGAGACGAAGACAGAGACGAGAUCGUUUCGUGUCAGGUCGAGCAAUUUGUUGCACCAGCAACUGAGGCCUCCCGGGCGCACACGGUCGUUCGUGGCAAACUUGGUCUUGUCAUGCGAUUGUCGUACGGCCAAGGAACGGCUUCCUUGUUUCUUCAAACACAAUCACGCCGCUUCAUGAAAAAACGAUAGAUUAUGGACGUAGAGCCUAGCCAAAAUUUGCCGCCUGAACUGUGGCGGUUACAAAAGCGUGGCGUGGCCGAACACUGGCUAUUCCCUGCUCCACGACGAGGACGCCUACGGUCAGCUGUUAGAGCUGGGCGGCGAAGGCGCUCGGUGCUUCUACCACGCAGAGGAGUCCAGGACAUGCAUGGAAUAGAUGCGUAGCGAAUACCAGUUUUAGGACCCUUCUUCGCACACACACACGUCCAUGGUGGGAACGUUUCACGUCGGAUCGGCGACGGAUGCGCAUGACGCCGUACGGGGAGAGCUGCUUGGCAAGCUACUAAGGCGGCA